GGACCACAGUAAGACUGCCAACCACGGAUAGUCGUUUUGGGAGUUGAAUUUGCAACAUGAUGGUCGGAGGAAAACCUAAUGGCCGAUAAAACUGCUUGUGUUUGCAGAGUACUUUCACAACUUUGGUUCCUCUUAAAUGUAACCUGCUAUGCGUUAUUUGAACACAUCUUACUAGAAAAAUGAAAAUGAAAUUUGCAUCAACGCGUGGAGCUGCAGUUAAUGAUCGUUCAGGUUUGCCUUUAAGAUUCGGAGUUUUUCAAGUUUUGGUAUUACCGACGACCGUCAAUUGAUUCUGGUGGUGAUACUGGUGCGCUGUCGUCUUGGAGUCCUGGUCGUCGAGGUUUGCGAGUUGUUUACUCAAACCAGUAAACUCAAACCACUGACAUAGUGACAUGUUUUCAUAUUUCGAAUUCUGGCGUAUGGAAAAUACUGGAUUCAUUCGAACUGAGAACGUGUUUUAUGGGAUCAAAAUGAUUACCGGUAAAAGUGCAUACAAAAACUGAAGAGAUCAGAAUCAGCUGGCGUAUAUAGAGAAAUAUUAUAAAUAUAAAUAAGGUAAAAAAAUUCAGCAUGUCUUGUUUUUCUCAAAUACUGAGAAGAAAUGUUCAUGAAUUCAUGCAGUUGUCAAGAUUUAACCUUUCAAAUAUCCGGCAUCUCUCCACACCAACGCUGGAAUUUGAUUACGUAAUUGUUGGUGCUGGCUCUGCAGGUUGUGUUCUGGCUAAUAGACUGUCAGAGGACAAGGCAAAUCGAGUUGCCCUAUUGGAAGCCGGUCCAAAAGACAAUACAUGGACAAUCCAAAUGCCAGCUGCUCUGACGUACAACCUUGCAAAUAAUAAAUAUAACUGGUUUUAUCACACUGUACCACAGAAGCAUUUAAAUGACAGGGUAAUAUAUUGUCCACGUGGUCGUGUUUGGGGCGGAUCCUCUUCGCUAAAUGCCAUGGUUUAUAUUCGUGGACACGCAUAUGACUACGAUCGAUGGGAGAGUGAAGGAUGUGAUGGCUGGUCGUACGCCGACUGUCUGCCGUAUUUUAAGAAGGCUCAGAACCAUUGCUUAGGGGAGGACGAUUACAGAGGAGGCAGUGGUCCAUUGCAUGUCAGUCAGGGCAACUGGGAUAAUCCCUUGUUUAAGGCUUUUGUCGAUGCGGCAGUGCAGGCCGGGUAUAAAUAUACUCCUGAUAUGAAUGGCUACAGACAAGCCGGGUUUGGUCCCAUGGAUAUGACUAUACACAAGGGCAAACGUUGGAGCACCGCAAACGCAUAUUUGAAACCUGUGCUUGGUAGAACUAAUCUAGUUGUGUUGACCGAGACCUUUACUAGAAAACUGUGCAUCGAAAACAAUAAGGUGGUUGGUGUGGAUUACCAUAACGCUGGAAAAAAGAUUGGUCAUGUACGAGCCACGAAAGAGGUGAUUUUGGCCAGUGGAGGUAUAAAUUCUGCACAGCUUUUGAUGUUAUCUGGUAUUGGCAAUGGUGAUGAUCUUAAAGAACUUGGAAUUCCUGUUUCCCUUCAUUUACCUGGGGUUGGAUACAAUUUACAGGAUCACUUGGAAGUGUAUGUCCAGCAUGAAUGUACUCAGCCGAUCACACUCUAUACAGCGCAAAAGCCAUGGAAUAUGAUGCCCAUUGGAGUCCAAUGGUUCGCCUUCCGGACCGGUUUUGCGUCGUCUUCUCAUCUAGAAGCUGGUGGUUUUGUACGCACUCGAGAAGAUAUACCGCAUCCCGAUGUGCAAUUUCACUUUUUUCCCUCGCUCGUUAUUGAUCAUGGACGAGUUCGACCAAAUAAGGAAGGAUUUCAGGCUCAUGUUGGCACUAUGCGUGCCUUCAGCCGUGGUUACAUGAAGCUGGAUCCAACGAAUCCAUAUCAUGACCCCUUAAUACAACCAAAUUACUUCGAACAUCCCCAAGAUAUCAUCGACAUGAGGGCAGCUGUGAAAAUUGCAAGAAAAGUAUUUGCCCAGAAAGCUUUAGAUCCUUUCCGAGGACCAGAAGUCACACCAGGAGUGGAUGUUACGAGUGAUUCGGCCAUUGAUGAAUUCCUGCGAAAAAAAGCAGACACGUCGUAUCACCCGUGCGGUACUUGCAAGAUGGGUCCAGAAAACGAUCCUAUGGCGGUUGUAAAUCCUAGUGGUUGUGUAUAUGGAAUAGAAGGACUUCGGGUGGUUGACUCAUCAAUCAUGCCCAGUAUAGUGAGUGGCAAUCUUAACGCACCGACGAUAAUGAUGGCUGAGAAACUGGCUGAUGUGAUUUUGGGUAAACAAGCACUGCCCAAGUUAAACAGCCCUGUCUGUGAGAAUGUGGAAAAAUGAGUUCGAAUAUAUAAGUAUGGUUUUUAUCAAAUUUUAUGAAA